AUGUUCAGGUGGCGAGGAAGUAGGAACAGGGGGUGGCAGCGUCGGGGGUCUGGGGGAACAUGGGCUUGAGUGGGGGGUGCCUCAGAAAGAGCAAGACGGCGGAUGUUUCUCUCUUGGUGUGACCGGUGGCAGUAUCGAUCAGCAAUGCCGCACAGACUUUUGCGCGCCGAAAUAUGCGUGCGACAGCUUUGACCUAACCACUUCGGUGGAAAGCGGAUUUCUGUUCGAUACGGUGUCAGGGGUACCAGGGAAGACGGGGCCGAGUUUUGUUUGAUUUCGGGUGGAUGAGGUGGGGGUUUUGUUCGUUUUUCUCCAUCUAAGGUUCGUGCCUAGAGUUCAGCUGUAGUGUUUCAACCAAAGUUUUGUUGACUUAAAGGCAAACAUUCCUAGCUAUUGGGCAUCGAGUUAAUUUGGCUUGGCAUGACGGCCUUUACGACUUUUUAUGUAUGUCUGCAGUUAUCUGCAAUUGUCGGAGGGCAAACAAAAUAAUAA